UUCAAAACACAAAAUCUUGGGCUGUUCAACAAGCCCAGCAUCAGAACUGAAGCGGAACCCUUCUUCUGCGCCAGUUCCAGUGUCCCACUGUGUGCAGAGUGCAGUGAUAGAAAUCUAGCUACCUAGUUAGGGUUAGGGGUUCUGCGUUUCUGCGAAGAUGACUAAGUUCAGGAAAUUGGGUCGACCCACCGGUCACCGAAUGUCCAUGCUCCGAACCAUGGUCUCGCAGUUGGUGAAGCACGAGCGCAUCGAAACUACUGUUGCCAAGGCGAAAGAGAUCAGAAGACUCGCGGAUAAUAUGGUGCAGCUUGGAAAGGAGGGAUCCCAACAUGCUGCAAGACAAGCUGCUAGUUUUGUGCGAGGAGAUGAUGUCAUUCACAAGUUGUUUACAGAACUAGCUUAUCGGUACAAGGAUAGAGCUGGGGGAUACACCAGAUUGCUUCGGACCCGUAUUCGAGUGGGUGAUGCUGCACCGAUGGCCUAUAUCGAGUUUAUUGACAGAGAAAAUGAGCUUAGGCAGGCAAAGGCACCAACUCCUCAGCCACCACAGAGAGCACCCCUUGAUCCCUGGACACGUUCUCGUCUCAGCAGGCAAUUUGCUCCUCCUAAAGAGGAUAAAUCUGGAUCUGAUUUGUGAUUAUAUCAAACGUAAUGCUGAUACUGUUUUUCCCCCCAUAGCAUGAGAUAUCUGAAUUUUGGCCUUGCUUAUUUUAUCUAUCUUCACAUGGUUUGAAAAAUAAAACUAUUCUCUGCUUUCUACUAGAGUAAAAUGUUUAUUGCUACGUAAAAACAAUUCGACUUUAUCUGUAAUUGAGAAAAGGAAAAGAAAAAUCUCAGAACACCUUUAUCUAUCCGAGUUUUGAUGCUGAGUUUACUUA